ACGCGUGUAUUCCACACACUGCCGCACACCUGACCAUUACAAUGCAUGUCCGUGUGGUUCUGUUAUUAAUAUUCGCAUCUUUAGGCACCUGUCUUAAGAGUUACCAAGAUCGAAUCCCCAAUGGGCGCAACGUUCUAGAUCCAUGCGAUCCCUCAGUCACAUGGCCUGCGGUCGGCCAUGACCUUCGCUAUCCGCCUAACCAAGGCUCGUUUCACAUCAAUCACCACAACACACGAUUCGGCUUGGAUUUUGCUGCUGCGGGACAUAGGUGGACUGAAACCCUGUGUAGGCAGGAUUCUGACGGAGACAGCAGGACAAACGGGGAAGAGCUGGGAGACCCGUUUUGUCAGUGGACGGUUGGAGACAUCCCUUCCCAUAAGGUUUCGGGACAUCCUGGUUUUAACGAAGAAACGUACUGCAGACACCUGGAUGGUUAGCAAUGUUACUGUAGUAGUAAUAAUAAUAAUUAAUUAAUUAUAGAAUAAC